AGAACAGUAAAACAUGGCCGCCCCCACGAAAACCUCGGCGACCUUUGGCCAACUUCCUGACCUAUCAGGGCUAUCCGAGGCCGAGCGGGCCCAGGUCAUCGCAGUCAUGGAGCGAGCACAGGAAUUCGAGCGGAAAGAAGAUAAGGUAAAUGUCAGCGCCCACCCCUCUAGGAAGCCUCAUGAAGGUCAGCUGCUAAAGUAUACAAAUGUGAUGAAAGGCUGGCAGCCUCGGUACUUCGUCCUGGAGCCUGAGUCGGGGAUGCUGGAGUACUUCGAGAAGGAAGAGCAGAAAAAACAAAGGCCGAGGGGGUCCGUUCAUCUUGCGGCUGCGGUCAUAUCCCCAUCAGAUGAAGAUGGACAGACGUUUACAGUGAACGCUGCUAAUGGGGAAAUAUUUCGACUGAGAGCCCUUGACCCCAGGGGGAGACAACACUGGGUGGACCGACUCCGGGUCACUGCUGAAUACCAUACAGCCACCAUAGCACAGAAAAAGAAAAAAAUUCCUGGUCUCCAGCAGGCUCCACCUGUGACCAGACUUGACUCUGGUGGGAUGCCAAUAGUGGCGCCUCCAGCUAAAGACAAUCUCCUGGUGCGACGGCUCGACAACUCCCUCAAUAAGAAGUCGCCAGUCGAGACAGAGGAUGGACAGCCCACGUUAAUGACCGUCAGAUCUCAACACAAGCUAGUGCAGGCUGCUAAAAACGACUCAUUCAAGGAUGUGAAGGAUUACAUAUCAGAGGCUGACGAUUACAGUAGGCACCUAGCCAACAAAAUAAGUAGUUUACCGUACACAUCUGGGUUUCUGACCGGCAUAGACAAGGAAUUACUCCUACUUAAAGCAACAUCAUCAGCUACAAUCUUGUGCCUCGAACAGUGCUUAUCUAUACUCCAAAACAGACAGACAGGACAGUUAUCAGUUCCACCCACCCCACAGCCUCCAGAGAGAAAGCCAGGGCCUCUAGAAGGGAGUCGGUCAAGUACUCAGCUGACUGUCCCCUCCCCCACCGAGAGCUUCACCUCCGCCAGUUCUGUCCCUUACACCUUCACAGACCAGAGAGUGGAAGGUCCAGUGAAUCACGACGAUGAAGUCGAAGAUGAAGCGGAGUACAAGGACUCCGAGCUGGGGGGAGUAGAAGAACAUAAAAGCAUCAUUUUACAUCUCUUGUCUCAGUUGAAGCUGGGCAUGGACUUAACAAAGGUUGUUUUACCAACAUUUAUAUUAGAAAAAAGGUCAUUACUAGAAAUGUUUGCUGACUGUAUGGCCCAUCCAGACAUAUUCCUCAAAAUCCCUGACUUUGAAGACCCCGAGGAGCGGAUGCUGGCAGUUCUCGAGUGGUACCUGACUUCCUUCCAUGCCGGCAGACAGGGUUCAGUGGCUAAGAAGCCGUACAACCCGAUUAUUGGGGAGACGUUUCACUGUUCCUGGAGGAUACCAGACUCUAUGAUAGAUGGUGACAAUGACAGUGGUUCCGACGUGGAUGUUAGCGACACCAAGACAACAACAUCCUCAACACAACUAGUUUACUGUGCUGAACAAGUCUCCCAUCAUCCUCCUGUAUCUGCCUUCUACUUCGAGUGCCCUGAGAAACAGAUGUGCAUGAACGCCUCCAUCUGGACCAAGUCCAAGUUCAUGGGAAUGUCCAUUGGUGUGGUGAUGGUCGGUAAAGUGCACCUGAAACUGCUGAGUCAUGGAGAGGAAUACACCUUCACCCUCCCCAGCGCCUACGCCCGCUCCAUCCUCACCGUCCCCUGGGUGGAGCUCGGGGACAAGAUCAACAUCACAUGUGAGAAGACUGGUCUCACUUCUUCUGUCGUCUUCCACACAAAGCCGUUCUAUGGGGGCAAGCUGCAUCGUGUGUCGGCUGAGAUGAGGAACAACACCGGGAACGUCUCCUGGAAGGUGCAGGGGGAGUGGAACUCCAACUUGGACUUCGCUCAUCAAAAUGGCGAGUCAAAGUCAGUAGAUGUUCAACAGUUGAAGAUCUGGAGAAAGAGGGUGCGACCGUUAUCCUCUCAGGGCGAAUUUGAGUCUCGAAGAUUGUGGCAGCAUGUGACGAAUGCUCUGAGGAUAGGAGACGUCAGCACAGCCACAGAACAUAAACGAUUUCUUGAAGAUCGACAGAGAGAAGGAGAGAGGCAUCGAAAAGACACAAACACACAGUUCCCAUCAAAGUUCUUCCAUCGAAAUGGUGAUAGCUGGACGUACAACUCUGUCCUACAGACGGGGCAGACGUCAGGAACGGCAUAGUACAGACAUCCUCACAUCAUCUUACGACUAACAAAGCUGAUUUGGUGCAAGAAAAUCUGUGAUGUAACCAUCCCCUUGAUUUCAUUAUAGUGUCUUUGUAUACUCCAGAAUAUUCCACUUUCAUAACCGAACUGUGUUUUGUCGGACAUGUUGAAUCAUGAUGUAUUCUCUUCGCUAUGUUCUUGUUUUGCAUAUCAUGAAUAUAUUUGAAUAUUUUUAUUCAGCUAUUUAUUAUUCCUAGUUUCCAAGUCUAAGCAGUUGGAAUAGACGGUUGUUACGUAUCAAGUUUUUCAAAAAGACAUCUCAUUGUGUCUGUUUUUAGAGCUUUGAUUCUGUUGUGUUAGUUUCACCCAUCAUUGCAAAUGAAUGCCUAAAUUGUUUUUUAGUACUUAAAUACCAUAUCAUUUCUUCAUUAAGUUGUAAGGGCUCAAAGGAGUGUUUCCAGACUUGGAGAAGUUGUUUAUGUUAUUACUUCAAAUUGUGUCCCUGUUGACGACAGCUCUGAGACUCACUUGGCAGAGUAGCUUCCCUUGGUAGAGUCGCUUCCCUUAGUUGUGCCAUAUUAUGUUGGUUGACUUGUCCGCACCAAACUUGUGCUGGGGGUCACUAAAUAGUAAACAUCUGUGACCUGCUUCGGUUAGGCUUUCCUUCCACGUCAAGCUGACAUACCAUGGUACCAUGGUGACGUACCCUUAAAAGGAGAUUCUAACCCUACUGACACACUUGCUGAAUUUAGAGGGAGGAUCUGGCUUGUAUUAGUUUAAUGAUUGCAGAUACGUUAACUGUUUAGAUAUAGGCCCAUUUCUUAUGAUCGUUGGAACCAAAUUCUGACAGUAUUUUAAAUUGACUAUGUUACAAUUCCAGUUUUUUUACACAGCUUAUUGACUGCUACAGACAUUGUCUCCUGUACAAAUAAUAGCAACAAAUUGUUUGGAUGAUAAAAUGCAGUGCAUAUAAUUAUUAUUUUUUUUCAAAAUGUGUGAUCAUUUAACAUGUUAAAAAAGGUUGUGUUAAAAAUUAUGUUAAAAAUAUCAGUUUAAUAAUGAUCAGUGUGCGAAAUAGUUUCCAAAUUUUGCUAGCCAGUCGGGCUAGCUAUACCUGAAAGUUACUAGGCCACAAAAUAAUUCACUAGCCCGAAAUUUGAAUGUAGACACGAGUUUCAUCAUGAAGGUGCUAAUAUGAUAUACAUUUUUACCAGGCCAUAAUCUUGCAUGAUUUAAAAAUGUAUUAUAACUUAACAAGUCGGAGAGAGUGAUAUAUUUACAAAA